AUGGUCGUCCCUAAAGAAGACUACACCUAUAUCAUGCCAGAUAAUCAGGAAGAAAUUGAUAGACUGCGCAAUCAGCAUGAGUGGGUUAAGGGAAGCACGGGUGGUGUGUUGCUCUUUGCUCCUCUCGAGCACAAGGGCCUGCCGUUGAAGGUAUUGGAUUCUGCGACCGCCGAUGGUCUUUGGUGUCUCGAUGUUGCACGUGAACUUCCUCAAGCAUCUUUUGUUGGAUUUGAUAUUGCCGACCAUUUGUUCCCAUCUGCCGAGCGGUUGCCCCAAAACUUGGACUUGAAACUCGUCAAAGCAGACCUCAUGGACGACUUUCCCUCAGCUUGGAAUGAUUGUUUUGAUCUCGUCCACCAGCGUUUUAUCUGGGCGUCUCUCCCUAAUCCCGCGCAAGCCCUGGAACAUCUGAUCAAAGCAACGAAGCGUGGUGGGUGGGUUCAGUUGGUAGACGUCGACUUGGUGUCAUAUCCAGAAUCGCAGCAUCAGCCGCACGCUUUCUCGACAUUGCGCAAGUUGGCUCGUGCGUUAUUUGCAGAUCCGACAGCUGCAGGAAAACAAGCGCAGUGGCUGAAAGAUUCAGGUUUGGUAAACGUAGAUCACACUGUAUUCGACAUCGCGGCAGGUUCAGGUCAUAAAGACCCUGAAUUGGGGCUAAAAGGAAGCAAGAACAUCCGGGAAGUCAUGGAAAUGUUUAUGCAAGCCUACGUUCAACAUCACGGAGAUAGACUUGGCCUGGAGACGAACGAGUGGGAAGACCUGCCGUCAGAGAUUACGAAGGAGAUGGAGACAUGCCAUCUGACAGUACGGAUUCAUGUUGCAUGGGGGCAAAAGUCACUGAACUAG